CACAGCUUCAGAUAUCACACCCUACCAGCCCCGCAUGAACCUUAACCAAGCAUCUAGAUGCUAUGCAGGGGGUUCCAGGGCCGCCAGAUGAAUUUUCACCAAUUAGAAUUCCAACACACAAUACGCAAGAUAUCCCUACCAGCAGCCAACCCUGGACAUGUCCAGUUGGAGCAAAGUUCAUUCCUUGUAGGUCUACACCAUAGACCCAUCAUAUACGUCCAGCACACCUAUCCAAUACCCCUAUACAUCCACCACUUCCACCCCAAACCAGCAAGCCCAAGCCUCCAACCCCAAUCCCGCUGCCAAAAACACCCAUCCACCAACAUCCCCAAAAUCUCACCACCAACCCCCUUUCCAAAAACCCCUACAUCACAAAAUACUCCUAUGACGCCCCAAUGACGUCCUACCCCUCGCGCAAGCCCCCCAAAAAAGAAUGCCGCGACUGGGACUCGAACCCAGAAUCUGCACUCCACACCGCUAGCAUAAGGCUAGUACGGGGGCUCUGCAAUGUUAAUACCACUACACCACCGCGGC